GGCAGGUGGGUGUCACUGCUGUGCUGAGAUGCUCUCUGACACCACAGAAGAAGCUUCGUGUCCUUCACAACAGCUAGCAUGGCUACUGCUACUAAAAUCAUCCAGAGGCUUCGAAAUUUUCUGGCUGGGCAUGACUUGCAAGCCAAGCUGCAGCUGCGUUACGAGGAAGUAGCAAAGAGGACACAGCCUCCACCUAAACUGCCUGUAGGCCCGAGCCACAAGUUUGCCAACAACUAUUAUUGCACCCGAGACGGCCGGAGAGAGUCGGUACCUGCCACGGUUGUGAUGUCUUCACAGAAGGCUCUUACUGCUGGGAGUGAGGUUACUAAGACAACAAAGGCUCCCGUGACGCCUGGAACUGUUUAUGAGCCCCCACCACUGUCCACAGAUCAGCCGUACCUCUGAGCAGCAACCUGAGCCUCCUGAUUACUUCUGCUGUUGUUGUAUCUUGUACAAUAGACUCAAUUGUGAAUAAAAUAUGCUAUUUGUUUCAA